AUAAAUCCACAUUUGACUUUCAGUCUCUCAUGUUUCAGAUAAUCAUAGUCCAAAAACUUAGGCUAUACUGUUCAGUAAUAAAUUGUAUUUAAAUCGAACUGGAAAUAUGUCAAGCAGACCAAAGGGAUACGGAUUAACCCGCGAUCUUGAAGACAAGAUGAGGGCAAAAUACUCCGAGGAUCAAGAAAGUGAAGUAGCCGAAUGGAUUAAAUGUAGGACCGGUCUGGAAUUCACCGGAAGAGGACAGGAUGAUUUCAGAGCAUUUCUUUUGGACGGCACCGUACUGUGUGCUCUUAUCAAUUCAUUUGAUUUGCCUGGAAUAUCUUGCAAACCAAAUGAUACAAGUUGCAUCAAGCUGCAGGCUAUGAAGAACAUAAAAGAAGAUGAGAACAUUGGGAUAUUCCUGAGCGCUGCAGAAAAAAUUGGGAUGAAACGAAUUGAUAUGUUUCAGACUGUCAACAUACGAGACAACACCAAUAUGUCUCAGGUUCUCUGCACCUUGCAAAGUCUUGGAAUGUACGCAUACAAUAAAGGAGUGACUGGGCCCCUGAUCGGGACGAAGAUGGCUGACGAGAACAAAAGGAACUUUGAUGAGGAAUCGCAGAGAGCUGGCCGAGCGCAAAUUGGACUACAGAUGGGGACGAAUGUACUGGCGUCUCAGAGUGGAAUGACUGGAUAUGGGCAAACCAGGCAAAUUGUUUCUAAAACAGAUUGAAGCAUUGAUAUCAAAUAUUCUUGAACUAAUGUUUGUUGCAACAUACGUUUUGUGAUAUUGAACAAAAUUUCAUUGGACAAUUGCUUACACGCUGUAUUAUGUAUCUUGCUGCUAUUUGAAGCUAAUGUGAAAUGUCUCUUCGUCAGAAAUCGCUUUGCUUUAUGAAAUCUUGCGCACAUAGUGUAUGUUGGAUUGCGAAUCACAUCAAUAAUUCUUAGAUCAUAUGAUAAGUUCUGAUUUGAUUAACAUUUAUCAGAAAAUAAUGUAUAUUUUCUAGAAGUAAAUUACAUUCAACGUACGAGUAAAACUCUCCAUUUCUGCAUCUCAUGUGUAUAAUAAAAUACCUUCUUAGGAAGUAACCAUUUUUAUUUGUUGUAAUUGAUUUAAAUUAAACCUCGUCCACACUUCA